GGUUAGGAACACCGACCGAUAUAUUUUGUUUUAAUUCUGAUUUUAUAAUUUUACUGACAGAGAUUUGUGAACUUUUAAUUAAAUUCUGUAAAAUUUAUUAUAUCGUUAUUCAUUGUUACAAAAGCGUAUCAACGCAACAAAUGUUAAAUGACAUUUCUAAGUAAUGCUUGUUACUCGAAUAUUUGACGUACAAAAAGUCGAACGUAUCUUUUUGGUUAACAUCCGCCAUUAUUUUGUGUUUUGUUUUAAUUCGCGACAGAAAUAUACACGCUGAAUACUUCACAAAAAUAGCUUUUUUACUAUAAUAAUUAACAGACACGAUUGGGAAUGACAUCCAUGGAAUUUUGUGAAAAGUGACCUAAUUGUUUUCCUCUUCUACUCGCUUCUGCUACUCAGAUUACGUUACAACGCUGUAUUGCGAUUUGUAAUUCGUUGAUUGCAAGCAAAUUAUGACAUCAUACAUCAUUUGAGUAGAUUCAUACACUCAAAUGACAUUGACACAUUUGCUAAUCAAUGAAUUUCAAAUUGCUUGAGUCAUAACUACAGUUUCGAUUGAAAUUUAAUAUUUAAGUUACAACAGUGACUUGCAUCAGCCAAACCAAAAGGCUAGAUUUCUACAUUAAAUUUCAUCGCAGUGGUACUAAGAAUGGAUACAAUGGAUCAAGAUGUAUUGACAGUACUGAAACUUUUAAUGAUAGGUGAAUCAAAUGUUGGAAAGUCAAGCAUCAUUCUUAGAUUCACGGAGGAUGAAUUCUAUGAGAAUAUGCAGAGCACAGUUGGUAUGGAUUAUAAAACUAAACAGAUCACAAUUGAUGGCAAUACAGUGAAACUUGCUAUUUGGGAUACCGCUGGACAAGAACGUUUCCGUACAUUAACGCCCAGUUAUUACAGAGAUGGUCAAGGUGCUAUAUUGGUGUAUGAUGUUACAGAUAGAAUUACUUUUAUAAAGCUGGAAACGUGGCUCAAUGAGUUAAAUACUUAUUGCAAUAAAACAGACAUUGUUAAAAUGGUAGUAGGCAAUAAAAUAGAUUUACCAAAUAGAGAAGUGAGUACUGAAGAAGGUUUACAGUUUGCCAGAAGACAUCAAACUUUAUACAUUGAAAGUAGUGCCAAAACGGCAGAUGGGAUUAAAUGUUGUUUUGAAGAACUUGUACAAAAGAUAAUACAAACACCAGGUCUUUGGGAUCGACAUGCGCUUCUUAAAUCGUGCGGCAAUGGUAAUAUGGGAGGGGCAAGACAUAGAGGUCACAGAGGAAUACAUUUGGCAAAUGAUACUCAAUCAUUUGAGCCAAAUGGCUCAAACUGUUAUUGUGAGCUGCUUUAACUAAUUAUAAUAUAAAAUUAAGCCGGUGAUAAUUGCGACAAAGCUACACUUUAAUGUAUGGUCUAAACUCUGUUUGAAAACUAGAUAAAGUGUGAUAAUAUGAAUGAAAAACAUGAAUAACAGUACAGCAUGUUAUUGUUUCGUGUUCGUCAUGGCAAGAAAUGUUUUACACGUGUAUCAAAGAUAUAUAUGAGUUUGCUUUCAAGUUCUAAUUCUUUGUUAAAUUGUUGGAUUUUAUAUAAGUAUUUGUAAUACUAAAUUUGUAUUCAUGUAAAUAUAUCUUGCAUACGUGCAUAGUUUAAUGAUUAAUAAAUAUUAGUAGAACUUCAUUAAUAUC